AUGCACGUCUCCAGGCCCCGCUUCCUCAUGGAGCAAGGCAAUGUCAGAGCCCAGGCAGGCCAUGGAAAGGAGCUAGAGGCAUCCAGGAAAAUGCAGAUGGACAUUGUGGGGGCGCUUGGCAGGAAUCCCCUCUCCCUGGGUUUGGGGGUCCUUGUGCUGCCAGAGGGCUCCCCACGGAAGGGCUGGGGAGGGUGGGGGGAAGGCCGUGCUGCUGCAUUAACGUGGCCUCUCCUGCUUUAUUAUUUCAGAAAAUUUGAAUUUAACCCCAAAGAUGGGAUCGACAACCCUGCCUUGUCUCUGGCUGAGGACAUGGAUGGCGAGGGCAUGGGGGAGCCCCGCUUCUACCUCCUGAGCAAGGGCAGCGCAGAGACCUUCGGCUUCUGCCUCCACGAAGAGCUGGGCUGCCGGGGCCACAUCAUCCGGCAGGUUGAGCUGGGGGGGCUGGCCCAGCGCAGGGGGCUGCAGGAUGGGGACCGGCUCCUCCAGGUCAAUGGCCACUUCGUGGACCACAUGGACCACCACAGGGUGGUGCAGAAGAUCAAGGCCAGUGGGAAUCAGGUCCUGCUGGCAGUGCUGGACGGCGACUCCUACGAAGCAGCCAAAGCCCUGGGCAGGGACCUGUCCCAGAUGCUGCCGGCUGACAUCCGCCCACGCCUCUGCCACAUCGUGCGGGACAAAAGCGGUUUUGGCUUCAGUGUAUCGGGUCCAGAAGGCGUGAAGGGCACCUUCCAGCUGUCGGUGCGGCAGGACGGGCCAGCGGAGAGAGCAGGGGUGCCGCCAGGCUCCUGGCUCCUGGAGCUGAACGGGGCCAGCGUGAGGAGCUACUCGCACACGCAGCUCGCCCGAAAGGUGCGUGCUUGUGGCACAGGUGGGACUGGGGCCAGCAACAUCGCUGAGCGCCCUGCAUUUCCCAUCCAGCUUAAGCAGAGCGGUAGCAAAGUGACACUACUGGUGGCUUCCAGUGCCGUGGAGGAGUUUUACCGCCUGCGGGGCCUGCGGGUCACGGCCGCCUUGGCGGACACCUCCUGGCUCCCCUUCAAGGUCCGGGAGCUGCACAUGGUGAAGGGUCCAGCUGGCUACGGGUUUCUGCUCAAAGAGGAUGACUGCAGCUCAGGGGCCAUAGGCCAGGUCCUGCGGGACGUGGAUGCGGGACUGCCGGCUGAGCAGGCAGGGAUGAAGGAAGGGGACCGCCUCCUGGCUGUGAAUGGUGAGAGCAUUGAGGGGCUGGACCACCAGCAGACGGUGCUCAGGAUCCGUGCCCAUGAUGACCAGGUGACGCUGCUGGUCAUCGACCCUGCUGGCGAUGAGUUCUACCAGUCGAUUGGGUUGUCCCCUCUGCUGUUCUUUGAGGACAGUCACCCUGCCUCAGGCUCCUGCACGCCCUCCCUGCCCUCUCCCAGUGGCUCCCCUGGACUCUGUCAUGUUGAGGUGGAACCAAAGGGACCUGGCUCCUGGCUGGUGGCUGCUGCCAACAGUAUAGAGAUCACACAGAGCCCACGCCAGGAGGAGCAGAGGAGGCUGCACCAGGCGUUCUACUGCUGUGUCUCCAUGCCCGUGAUGGGGCUCGCAGCAUCACACCUCCCAGAGACUCAUCUCCACUGACCGAGGCUGGCUCCAAGCUUUAAUUAA